UACACAUUCACACCAGUCCCAAGCAUCCAGAGUUCAGCUUCCCAGUAGAGAGCUCGGAGAGCGAACAGUCUCCCUCUCUCACAACAGAGAAAUAAUGGGUUUCUUUUCGUUUCUCGGAAGAGUACUCUUCGCCUCUCUCUUCAUUCUCUCUGCUUGGCAAAUGUUCACUGAAUUUGGUGGUGAUGGUGGCCCUGCAGCAAAGGAAAUCGCUCCUAAACUAGCUAUUGUCCAGAAAUUCGUAACCUCUAAGUUAGGGGAAGGGGGACCCAAAAUUGACGUAAAGCAUUUUGUUGGAGCUUCUAUCGCUCUGAAAGGGCUCGGUGGCCUUCUAUUUGUAUUUGGCAGUUCCAUUGGAGCUUAUCUAUUGCUUUAUUACUUGGUGUAUACCACUCCACUUCUGUAUGACUUCUACAAUUACCACUAUGGUGAGCCAGAAUUUUUUGUCCUCUUACAGGAGUUCCUGCAGUGUAUAGCACUUUUUGGUGCAUUGCUUUUCUUCCUAGGGAUGAAGGACUCAAUUCGAAGACAGCAACUCCAAAGGAAGACCUUCAAAACUAAGACAUCCUAGAUUUGUUGAAGACAAGAAAGUGAAAGACUGGAUGGUUUCUUGGGGGGCGCUUUAAUGUGGGAAUUAGAACAGGCUCGGCUGUGUAGAGCCAAGCUUUGUAUUGUGGAUUAUAUCUCCCCCGAAAUAAUUUGUCAUAUUUUAUGCUGCAUUCCUCUUUCACUGUACUGGGUUUUUUACCCAUUUAGUUGCAUUGAUAAGCACCAUUCUGGAAUGGGAUUUGUUGCUUUAACAAGGAUAUGAUUGUAUAAUUUGUCGGUUUUAUCGCUAAACCUUUAUGUUUUUUGGAUUAAUAGUUGUCGCUGAGCUCAGUUUGUUUGGAUUAAGAAUUUGUUGAAUUGGGAAAAAUUAGGUUGCACAAGGAUUUGCAUAAAUCAUAACAUUGAAUUUGGAUACGUGGAGUUCGUUAGCAC